AGAACGGAAGCGUACAAUCCAGUACUCUAAUUGCAUUUUUGCAACCAGUGUUCACCUAAGCAGAACCAAUGCUUCGAUCAAGGGGAUCUGAAGUGGUUCAAAAGCCAACUCUUCGAGGCUCACAUAAGCUGAGGACUUCACGCUCUGAUUCGGAUCCACUGCAUCAUCGACCAAUCACUGACAGAAGCCCAAAGUUAGGAGAUCGACGUUCCCCAAGAGGUUCACAAUCGGAUCCACUAAACCAAAAAAAACUUGGAACCCGCCUUGCUGAUUUAGAAUCUCAGCUUGGCCAAGCGCAAGAUGAGCUAAAGAGUCUAAAAGAACAGUUGGCUUCAGCUGAGGCUGCAAAGAAGGAAGCCCAAGAAAAGCUGGACAAGAAAGCUAAGAAACCAGUUGUGACUUCAGAGCCAGUGAAAAUCCGAGAAACGGAUCCUCCAUCCGAAAGUGAAGAGUCUAACAGAACAGACAGAUGUCCCUCAGAUGACAACAGCCAAAGGGAAACUGAUGUCUUUGAAGUCCCUGCAGAAAAAGUUACAGCUGAGCCCAUGGUUGAACCUAGCAAGACUGAUCAGGUGGAAGAAGACACCAAACCAAUAGAUACUUCAGCUGAACCACCAUUGGUUAUGGAGCCAGAGAAGUCACCCUUUCAUGACUUGGCUUUAAAAGAUGAAGAGAUAGGCAUGCUAAAAGCCAAGUUGGAAGAGAAGGAAAAAGAGGUAGAAGUGUUUGGUCAAGAAAAUGACAGUUUAAAGAAUCAGCUAAAGGAAGCAGCUAUGAAUAUCUCAUCUGCUGAAGUGAAGGAAAAGGAAUUGGCCUUGAAGUCGAGCAAGUUUGAAGAAGAGCUGGAAGCAACUAAAGCUAAUGCAGCUCAGUUGAGUGAGAAGCUGAAAGCAACAGAAGAAGCAAAGGAAGCACUAGAAGCGGAGAUGAAGAAGAUGAGAGUGCAGACAGAGCAGUGGAAAAAGGCCGCAGAUGCUGCUGCAGCAAUACUUGCCGGGGGUGUGGAGAUGAAUGGGAGGAUUUCCGAGAGGUGUGGCUCCAUGGACAAGCACUUUGGCGGAGUAUUUGAUACGCCGGGUGGUGGCUAUGCCGGUUUUGUGGGAUCACCUGCUGCUGAUGAUUUGGAUGAUGGUUUUGGUAGUGGAAAACGAAAGGGUUCAGGAAAAAAAAUGUUUGGUGACUUGUGGAGAAAGAAGGGCCAGAAAUGAGGUCUUCAAAACCUGUUUGCUGGUGAUGUGUUUGAUGAAGGUGGCAGAGCAGUUUCUUACUGCUUCAUUGUGUGUUGUAGAUGUAUCAUCUUCGCAAUUAUAAUUUUUCUUCUAGUUUCGGAGGCUUGUAGAAUUGUUAAAAAUGGGAAAAUCUUUGUUGUACUGUUAGUAAUUCGGGUAUUCGACCUUAGUAAACCUUCUCAAAUAAUGGGAUC